CUUCUCAAUAUCCACGACGACCCACGUCCGCUGCCAUCCUUGCGAUAGCAUCUCAAUUGAUACCAAUUGCUGUAUCGCACUCCACCCGAUCAUCCUCCUUCCGUCGACUCCGUGUCAAGGUCGACCGCCAACUGUCCAAUGGCUUCGACGGGGCUUAACGUCGCCCGCUACUCAGCGCUGGGUUUCGGCAUCAUCUACGGACUCUACCACCAAGCACAACUCUCAUCCGCUGCGAAGCUAGCUGCGUUAGACAGAGAAUAUCAACACAAGCAAAGCUUGAUUGAGAAGGCGAAGGCGGAAUACUCAAAAAAGAGCCAGCAAUCGAACCCAAAGACGGGGAGUGUUGUAUCAGACCCUGAAGAUUCGCAAUUCGAUUUGGAGGCAUUCUUGAACUCGGUUGCCGCGGAAAGCAAGUAG